CAAUUACCAAAACCAGUCCCUUUCACGUUCUCUUCUGAUCUCAAAGCUCCGUGAUGAAGAAAUGGUUAGCAAUCGCCGCGACGGUGGCGAUAAUUGCGAUAAUCGUGAGACAAGGGACGACACAAUACGAUUGGAACAAAGAGGCGGCGUUGGAAAAGCUAAAGGAAUGGUCAGAUCGGCUCGGGAUUUGGGCGAUUCCGACGUAUGUAGCGGUACACACCGUAACCUUAGCUCUUUGUCUCCCUCACGCCGUCUUCUUUGAAGCUGGUGCUUCUAUGCUCUUUGGUUUCCUUCCUGCUCUUCUCUGUGUUUUCUCCGCUAAAGUUCUCGCCGCUUCUUUCUCCUUUUGGAUCGGCAGGUUUGUUUUUAAGAGUUCCACCAGAGCUACAGGGUGGGCGCAUAGAAAUAAAUACUUCAAUAUUCUCUCAAGAGGAGUUGAGCGCGAUGGUUGGAAAUUUGUUCUUCUAGCAAGGUUCUCACCUAUUCCUUCCUAUGUCAUAAACUACGCUUUGGCAGCCACAGAAGUCCGGUUUGUAGCUGAUUUUCUGUUCCCCACGGUUAUUGGCUGCCUCCCGAUGAUCUUGCAGAACGCAUCAGUUGGCAGCCUCGCUGGUAUGGCUGUAGCUUCAGUAGCUGGAAAACAGAAAAGUCAGGUCUGGGGUUAUGUUUUUCCAGUACUUGGGAUACUAUCAAGUGUUCUAAUUUCAUUGAGGAUCAAAAAGUACUCAGCUGGAAUUACAGAGACAUCAUCAGACACUUCUUCCUCUACACCGUCUGCUAACAGCUCUAGUUUAGCUUCAUCUGAAACCUCGAAUCCCACUUAUGGAACCGAUGGAUCCAAGAAAAGUGAGUGAUGAUACAAACCAUGAUGGUGGUUUUUGAUCGCCGGCAAUACACUUUGUUUUGUUUGCAGCUAUCAGAUUCUCAACAUCAUGGCUUAUUUUGGACGAGUUAGGCAGUCUCUUAAAAGUAACAGAGUAUUAGUUUUUGUAGUUCUUUCUUAAGUUUAAAGCUUUGAACAAAACAGUGUUAUUAUC